CCGAAAAAAGCGCAGUUCACCGACGCCUGCGCAGUUUUGUUAACGAUGACGACAUGAGUAGCGACGGAAGCGAAAAUCAGGAUCGAUUUAUGGAGAGAGAACGACAAGGUAACAGCUAUCAGAAGAAGCUUAUUUAUUUAUUUAUUUUUUUAAAUACGUAUGUGGUAACAGGCAUCGUUGAAUUUUCAUUUGCAUAUUUUAAAUACAUAAAUGCAUGUGUUGAACACAGAGUCGUUGUAUAUAGCGACAUGAGAAGAUAAAUCUUACUGCCGAGAAAGGGCUGCUUGCCCCGCACCGGGCACCAGUAGUGGAGAAAGGAAGAGCCGAGAAGAACAGACUGGUCUCUUGGGGCUCCGAGCAGAUCGGCGGACCGAGUGUAGGAACGCUGAUUGAGCCUGACUUAUAUAUAUAAUAUAAAAAAGAAAACAGGAAGACAUUUUGAGCCUUCAAGCACCUUACAUCAUUGAUUUUUCUGGAGAUGGAGGAGAUUAUUCUUAGCAGAAUUUAUGUCCAGUCCGAGUAAAAUAAACUGCAAAAUGGACAAUUUCUUGCCAGUAGAAGGUGACCUGGAACAAGAACAAUCUGUAAAUUCAAUGCAAAAAGUCAACAGUCUAGCGUCACUCUGUAUCAAAGCGGAACCUGUCUCUGAGGGAUCUGAACACGUAAAAGAAGAGCUUCAUCUGAAGUGUGCGCAAAUUAAAGAAGAGCUCUGUGAGGUUGAACUGUCGUCUGAUAAACUUUGGAAUCCAGGUGAGCGUUUCCCUUCUCCUGCACCUGUUAAGAGUGAGCAGUCAGAAGACCUAUUUCCAACGUGUCAGAUAGUUCACAAAGAGGAAGAGAGUGUUUUCCCCGAGGGAACAACAACUUUUCAACUGACUGAUAAUAAUUUUCAAACUGUUGUUUGGUGCACUGAAUGCGGGAAGGGCUUCAAUUGGGUAAGUAGCUUGAGAGACCACCAGAGAAUUCACACUGGGGAGAAGCCGUAUGACUGUAGUGAAUGUGGGAAGAAGUUCAGUACAUCCAGUAGCUUAAAAAUCCAUCGUAGACUCCACACUGGGGAGAGGCCUUACAGCUGCACUGAAUGUGGUAAGAGCUUCAUCGCAUCCAACUACUUAAAAUCGCACCAGAGAAUACACACUGGAGAAAAACCCUACAACUGUGUCGAAUGUGGGAAGAACUUCAGUGCCUCCUCUCAACUAAAAUCACACCAGAUGACUCACACAGGGGUGAAGCCUUACGUUUGUACCGAAUGUGGAAAAAGCUUCUCUCGGUUAAACAUACUUAAGAAACACCAGAUCAGUCAUGCCGGAGACCAUUUAUACACAUGCGGUGAGUGUGGGAAAAGGUGUAUUACAUCAAAAGAAUUAGAAUCACACCGGAGGAUUCACACAGGAGAGAAGCCAUACAUCUGUGAAGAAUGUGGGAAAAGCUUUCACUUCAUAUUGAACUUAAAGCAGCACCAGAAAAUUCACAGCAGCGAGAAGCCAUACAGCUGUGCCGACUGCGACAAGAGAUUUUUGUUCCCUCGAGAAUUAAGAACACACCAGAGAAUUCACACCGGAGAGAGACCAUAUAGCUGCGUGGAAUGCGGGAAGACCUUUAGACUGUACAUUUGCUUGAAAAGACACCAGCAGAUUCACACCGGGGUGAAGCCGUUCAGCUGUGCCGACUGUGGGAAAAACUUCAAACAUUUAUUUAGCCUGAAAGGCCACCAGAGAAUUCACACAGGGGAGAAGCCUUACAGCUGUGGUGAAUGUGGGCAAAAUUUCAGUCUGCUAGGAAAUCUUCGGUCACACGAGAGAGUUCACACCGGAGAGCGGCCGUACAUUUGUCCCGAGUGUGGAAAAAACUUCAAACAUUUAUUUAGCCUGAAAGGCCACCAGAUGAUUCAUGCCAGAAAUAAACAGUGCACUAGUGGAAAGACAAAUCAGCAGGAAAAAACUAUAUAGUGUACCAUGUGGGGGAAAAAAAAAGCAUGGAGUUGUAGUUGGAUAUAUUUCACAGGUUUGGUGACUACAUCAUUACACAUUUUUUUUUGUGAUUUCUCACCAAUCUGAUAGGGGGGCAUUGUAGGGAUUAUGAAGAAUUUUCUGUGCUACCCAUGAGUUCCCACCAAUCUAGUUGUUGGGUUUAUAAAGAAUUAUUUGUGAAACCCAUCUAAAAUGGGUUAAAACCUAAGUAAUCAAUAUAGACAUCCGUGUAUUCAGCGGUAACAUUUGCAGUGCAUGUACUAAUGAAAUGCAAUUCAUUUCAACAGAUGGCACAUCACAAACAUUAGCACUGCUUUUACAAAUAUCACACCAAAGACUAUAUAAGAGAGAGAAAGCAAACAGAUAACAUAGACGGACAGACACCGACAUGUGCACACACACUUCUCCUAUUAUUAAGUUGGAUGAAUGGUACAAACCUCAUGGACUGCCUGACUUAUCUUACCAUGUGCAUGUACUUAGUUUACUCACUGACAUUUUCUAAUCAGUAACCGAGAUUUAAAUACUGCUGAAAUCAAUCCUAAAAAGAAGUCAAACACUUAAUUAGUUAUGCCUGCAAGCAUACAAGAAUUAAGAAUCCAGAGCUCAGAGAAGAAUGAAACCAUAGAAACAUUCUAAACUGGGAGCUCAAUGAUAAAGUGUGUCUAGAUAGAUAGAUAGAUAGAUAGAGUGCUGAGUGGGACUGUGUUAAAUAAACGUGUGUUUUUAUAAAGAUGUGGUCUCAGUCUGGUGGUGCCCGGGCAUAUCUCACACUGUAUCUCACUGUUCAUGUCCUUCAUUUAAGUGAGUUUUAUGUAACUGUUGCACAUGCACCUGGUUCAACUGUCCAUACCAAUCACUGACAUACAGUAGAUAGAUAGAUAGAUAGAUAGAUAGCAAAAGCAAUAUGAGAUUAGGGUUUUGAAAUGUCAGUUCAGAUAAGGAAGUAUUCUAAUGGGUCCCUUUUAUCCAGUUAUAUCAUAAUCAAAGGUGACAGCCUUUGAGGACACAUCCCUAGUAUUCAGUGUUUUAGCCCUAGCAACAGGAAACCAAAAUGAGCGGUGAACAUGAGUUUAUAAAAUGGCAGAUUAAACCAUCCAAAAAUAUUUUUAGAAUAAAAAUGCAAAGAAAUAGAGAAACAUUGAUACUAGAAAUAUAUUUGGCGACCCAAAAACACUUAAAACCAAAUGUAACAAUACUCACAUUGAUACAGGAACUCUUUUAAAAUUAGUUAAAAGGAACAAAUAACAAAAACGGGGAACUGGCAAAGCAAAUAUACAUAUCCCAAAAAUAUAACAAAACCCCCAAAAUUAUACAGUAACCCCAUAACUUGUAUUAAAGGGCAAAAUAAUCUUUUAUAUGUCAAAGAUUUGUUUUGCACAAAAUAGAAAAUACAAAGAAAACCUCAAAAGAGCAACGAGUGGCACAAAGGAGUUGUCAAAAAGGCAAUCCUAAGCAAACAAGUCCUAUAACAUAAUCCAAAAACAGAAUCUGUAAACGAGUACAAUAAACCAAGAAAUCUAGAAAAUCCAAUACAGAAAUUUGAAUAGUCAUAGACACGCCUAUAAACAAAUGAUCUCCUGUUCCUGAGCCUUCUCCGCUCACUUGUAUAGCCAGUGGGAGGGCUCAAGAGCAGUGACAUCAGGGUGGCCCUGCCUCCUAUAGCUCCACCCUCAAAAGACAAGGAGCAGAAGAACAUUUAAAGAGACAGAAUAUUAUUAUACACAUAAUAGAAAAUACUCAAAAAAAUGCAAAAUAAUAACUUUAAAACAACUAACAUAAUAAUUGAAUAUAUCAUACAGUAACUCCCUAUCAAACAUCUUUAAUAUGUGGUUUGUGUUUUCAAUCGUUUUUUAACCCAAGAAUUGUGUUUUUAUGGUUAGUUUUUAAUUUUGGCUUACUCUUAUAAAGUUUAAUAUUUCAUUUAUUUUAUUUAGAAAUCAACCUAGACCUUAGCAUAUUGGGUUUUAAAAUUUGAAGUGCACAAUCUAUUGGAAUGCAUGCUGUAAUAAGAUGCAUUGUAUUUUCAUUCCAUCAGAUGAUGCAUCACAAAUGUUAGCACUGCUUUUACGAAUUCCAUAUCAAAAGGCAUAUAACAGAGACAUAGUAAGGGGAUGGGCACACAAAUACACAUCCACACACAUCAACACUUGAACGUUUGUAAAAGUUCCGUAACUCAAGCAUUUUAAGAAUAACAGUGAAUUCACAAGGGAAUGAUGCCAUUGUAUAACAAAGUUAUGGUCCAGGAUGUGGCUGGAUGACAACUGGUGGGCUUGAGACAGCCAGCAGUUAAGACAGAUUAACUCUGGGCACAUGUAGUGGUGGCAUGGCAUGUCAUUCCACAAACACACAUUCAAUGUCUCUUCUUCCCUAUGCCAGAUUGUGUGAAAGUGAUUAUUUCCACCCAUGGCAGAUACACCAAAUAAUGAUUACUGUACUGUGCAUUGAGUCUGUGUGUCCGAGCUGUACUUAUAAUAUUGUAUGCCAUAUAUCAUAAGUAGUCUGGCAUAUAAAUAUCAUUUUGAUAGCUCUUUUAUUUCUUAUUGUUGCAAUUUUGAUAGCCAACAAAGCAUAAAUAUUUAUAUUUCUAUUAUCCUCCUCUCUAUUAUUAAAUGGUAUUAUUCUGUUUCUUUAUCAUGAAGGUGCCUCCUUCACCAUAAUACAAGUCUAACAGCCAGAAACUCCACAAACAUGAGAAAGAUAAGGAAAAUGAAGCUGGAGUCUUGCAGAAUUAUGAAUUACUGGCACUGUAGUUGUGCCAUGCACUUCUGAUGAAAGUAUGAAUUCUUAAAUUGUUUUAGUGAGCCUGGAGCACACAGAUAGGGUUACCACUUUUAAUACAAAAAAAUAAGGGACGCAUACUGCAGCGGGGGCCACAUCCCUUGGGGGCCAAGACCUCAGUGAUCACAGGCCCAAUGGCAUGCCAGUGGUGGUAAAUCGCAACUUAAAAUAUGUUUUCAGGAAAGUAUGAACACUUGGACAUUAAAAUAAACUGUCUUUUAUUGAAAUGCAGUCAGUCUUUCUCUUUUACAACUCAACAGACUUCUCUAAUGAUAAUCGUAGCUGAACACAUAGGCAUAGCUGACAAUAAUUAACAUAGGCCGAAAUAGGUCAAACAAAGUGUGACAGUAACCACAAAAACAGGCUUUGGAUGACCUUGUGAUAUGUGAACCACAUUUUAAUAACUGUUUAAAUUUACAGAUUCACAACUUAUUAACUCUGAGUUAAAUAUUUUAUAUUCAGAAAUACAAUUGGAAAAAUAUAGAAAGUGCACAAAACUGCAAAGGAACCUUUCUUGAACACCAGUAGACCAGAACUAUAAGUGUGCAGUACUGGAGCAUGUCAGGUCUACUUUCUUUUGUAAGUGUACUUCUUGUCACUCCGUGCAGCACUGAGUAGCUGUUUGUCUUUUAAACAGCUAGAGUAAAACUCUGAACAGGACUGUUUAAAGUUGAGGGUGAUCAAGAGCUCACUCCUAAUGAGCUCCACAGAGCACCUGUUCCUGCUGUCACUCCAUUUAUUGGUCAUUAUGGAAAAGAUUCUUUCCACAUAGCCAGUUGAUGCUGGGAUGCUCAAGAUGUGGCUGAUUAUGUACAGCAUGUUAGGCAGGUCAGCUAUUUGAAAGAGAGCCACCCUCCUCUGCAUCAUCUUUGAGCCUCUUCAGAAUGGUAUUUGCUGUGGUGCAUUCAUCAUAGAGGUCAUCCAUGUUCACAUUUUGGAUAAGGUUGAGCUUAGUGAUCCUCUCAGUGUCACUGUAGGAAAGCAUGCCAUGUUGCAGAGAGAGAGGUUGCAGGAAGAACAGCCAGUUGUCCACAGAAAAGUCAAACCAUUUCUCAAUGUAUGAGAUUGCUGUGUUGAAAAAUGCCGUAAAAUCUGCCCUUGCCCUGUCUGCUUCAUGUGGGAGAAUAUUUUGCAGCUUUACUUUUGUUAAGUAGCCAUAAAAUUGGUCAUCUCUUCUCUGUGUGAGUUUUUGCUUGAAGGUAGACAUAAUGGAAUAUAUCUCAACACAGGUGGUUGAAUCACUAUCCAGCUUCUUGACCACUUCCUCAAAUAGGGAGAGGAUGUUAUUGGAGAACAGGAGAUAAACUUCCACAUCAUCCGGAUCUUCCUCAGUUGAGGCUUCACUGAGCUUUAACAAAGAUCUGUUCUGUCUGGGACACUCUUCUCCGAGGCUGAUGAAAUAAGACCUGAGAGCAGUCCAGGUUUGCAAAAGACGGGAGAUGGCUGGAUUGAGAGACAGCCACCUUGUUGAAACAUGUCGUAGAAUCUCAUGGAACUCCACAUCACAAAACUGGCAAAAGUCUUUAAGGGAUUCCCUUCGUUUGGCAGAUGUGGAAAAGCAGCCAUAGACCUUCAGCACAACAUUUUCCACAUCUACAGUAAGCUGGUCGAGAGCAUGCUUCACCGUGUUGUGCACAAUAUGGGCAUGGCAGUUCCCUUGCAGCAGAUCUUUUUGCUUUUUCUUUAGGUUAGUGAAGACAGAGUUGUGGAUUCCAUAAUUAACAUUAGUAUUGUCUGCACUAUAUGCAGUAACUUGACUUAAUGAUAAGCCAAAUUUAUCAAGGGAUUGUUCUAGAAAACCUAUAAUACCAGCAGCAGACUCAUCUGCAUUUUCUCCAAAAUCAAGCAUUUUGUUACAGAUCCCCGUUUCUGGCCUGAAGUAUUGAACUGCAAGGGGAAACAUCUUCCUGUUCCCUUUAUUUGAUGCAUCUAUCUGUAUGGAGAAUGGGAGGGGUUUGUCUGACUUUAAGACAUCUACAACAUCAGCCACUGCUUUUGGAGCAAGGACGUCUUUGGCCAUUGCUUCAGCCUUUGUUCUCCCGACAGACAUUUUCUUUAUGAUUUUGGAGUCAUGCAGAAUCUUUUGGUUGAGCUUGUGUCCACAGUCAGCACUAAUAUAGCUGAUGUUGUGUUUAAUAGUGUGGUAUACCUGCGUCAACUCAGCUGCUGUAACCUAGAGGAGAGGAGAAAAUACUAAUGGACCUAAUUUUAAAGGGUGGUAUUGAUAACAGAUUUUGGCUAAAAUAUUUGUCAUUAUUUGCAGUAACACCUAUCCAAACAUGGAAACAGCACAUACAUAAACGAGCUACAAACAUUAGCUAGUAAAGUUUUUAUAUAGCCUAUUUCUAAUUUUAAAAUAUGGAAAGUUGCAAUUUACUAGUUUAUUUUCUUUACAUGGGCAUUAUGUUGUUUAUUAAUGUAUUAAAUGUAAUGUUUCAUGUAAUAAAUUAAUGCUUAUGUGUCUGACUUAACCUUAAUAAACAAAUCAUAAUAUUA